AUGAACACGGUUAUCAAAUUUGUGCCACAGCAGGAGGCAUGGAUUGUUGAGCGCAUGGGUCGAUUCUCCCGUGUGCUGGAGCCAGGUCUUCAGAUCCUGAUGCCAUUUUUGGACCGCGUCAAAUAUGUGAAGAGUUUGAAGGAAGUCGCUAUUGAGAUUCCAAGCCAGAGCGCCAUUACACAAGACAAUGUGACGCUGGACCUGGAUGGCGUCUUGUACUUCAGAGUAGUGGAUCCAUACAAGGCGUCUUAUGGGGUAGAAGAUGCUGAGUUUUCAGUCGCACAGCUUGCACAGACGACGAUGCGUGCCGAGAUCGGCCAAAUGACCCUGGAUCGCACUCUGGCAGAGCGUGCUCAUUUGAACUCCAAUAUUGUAGAGGCCAUCAACACGGCAGCAGCAGACUGGGGAAUCCAGUGUCUUCGCUAUGAGAUCCGCGAUAUCCAUCCUCCUGCCAAGGUUGUCGAGAGCAUGCACCAACAGGUCUCUGCGGAGCGAACCAAGCGAGCUCAAAUUCUGGAUUCUGAGGGUUCGCGUCAGGCUGCUAUCAACGUUGCCGAGGGUCACAAGCAGUCGACAAUUCUUCAGUCAGAGGCUGACAAGGCGGAACAAAUUAACAGGGCUACCGGUGAGGCCGAAGCGAUCCUCCUGCGUGCUCAGGCAAGCGCGGAGGGUAUUCGCCGCAUUGCCGAGGCCAUCACCAACACCCCCGGUGGACACCACGCAGUCUCGCUCACGGUUGCAGACAAGUACGUCGAGGCCUUUGCACAGCUGGCGAAGGAGACGAACACUCUUAUUCUGCCAGCGAAUGCCAGCGAUGCCUCUUCGAUGGUUGCACAGGCAUUGACCAUCUACGACGGCAUUACAAAGAAGCGAGGGAUCCAUUCUGAGCAGUUGUCUUCAUCGACAUACUCAGCAUCUUCAUCACCAUCGGUGCCCAACAGUUCGUCGCAAUAA